GCCGCCCCGCGUGGGCGGGCUGCGCCACUCUAUAAGGCGGCCCCACGGCGGCGAGCGGCGCGGUGCCAUGUGCGCCCCGGGGCUGCUCUGCCGCCUCCUCCUCCUCCUCCUCUUCCUCCUCCUCCUCCUGCUGCCACCUGCCCCCGGAGCGGCCCCGCCGGGACGGCCCCGUGCCCGCCGCGGGCUCACCUACCCCGGGACGCUGUGGUGCGGUGCGGGCAGCAACGCGGACAGCUACGAGCAGCUGGGGGAGCACCGGGACACGGACCGGUGCUGCCGGGACCACGACCACUGCCAGCACGUCAUCCACCCCUUCACCGCGCGCUACGGCUACCGCAACCUGCGCUGGCACACCAUCAGCCACUGCGACUGCGACCACAGGUUGAAGGAGUGCCUGCGGAGGGUGAACGACACGGCCUCGCGGGCGGUGGGCCAGGCUUUCUUCAACGUCAUCCAGGUGCCUUGCUUCGAGUUCACCUACAGGGAGGAGUGUGUGGAGCCUUAUCUCUAUGUCUGGUGCAAGACGUACAACACGGUGGCCGUGGCGGUGCCCCGAGAGCCGGUGCUGUAUGAAUUUGGGGGGGAGCUCAUCGACCGGGCAGCCAGGCCCAAGGGAGUCCCUCUGAGCCCCCCGUGGGAUCAUCACACCCCCAAGGCAGUCAAAAAAGAGAGGAAGAGAAAGAAAGAUAAGAAAAAUAAGGGGAAAGGUCUGAAAAUGAAAGGUUCGUCUGAAAAGGGGCCACGGAGCCAUCCUGCAGCUGCUGCCCCUGCUGAUCCCUGGGCCCUGCUGCCAUCCUUAGGGGAAGCAUCCAACACCAUCCUGAGUGAUGCCCCUGCACAGGAGGGAUUGGGCAGGGAGCCAGUGCCAGCCACCCCCUCCCCGGUCCCCACCACUAGCGGGAAGAGGAGGAGGAAGGAGAGGAACAGAAAGAAGAGGCUGAAAAGUAAAACUGAGGCUGAGCCUGCACGAGAGCUGCAGCUCUGAGUCCCCCCUGAGCCCUGUGGGGCUGUGAAAUAAAUUUACAUCUGCUGGAGCA